AUGGAGCUGCUGAAUGGGACUUGCCUGUGGCCCGUGGCCAUAUUCACAGUCAUCUUCAUAUUACUGGUGGACCUGAUGCACCGGCGCCAGCGCUGGACUUCUUGCUACCCACCAGGCCCUGUGCCAUGGCCUGUGCUGGGUAACCUACUGCAGGUGGGCCUGGAUAACAUGCUAUACAGCUUGUACAAGCUUCAAAACCUCUAUGGUGAUGUGUUCAGUCUGCAGAUGGCCUGGAAGCCCAUGGUUGUGAUCAACGGACUAAAGACGAUGCAGGAAGUGCUGUUGACCUGUGGCAAGGACACUGCUGACCACCCUCCAGUGCCCAUAUUUGAGUACCUAGGUUUUAAGAGCAUCACUAGCAUUGAGGGGCCGGCCAAAUUAAAUGGUGCGUGGAUAAGGAGUUUGCCAAGCAAGCCUCCCUACCCAAGUUUGAAUAAUAAUGUUAUGAAAAGGAACCUCUGAAACUUCCUGUGUCUCUCACAGGUUCUUAACACGUUCCAAAUACUCCUGCGCAUCCCAGGGCUGGCUGACAUGGUCUUCCAAAGUCAGAAGACCUUCAUGGCCAUACUGGAUAACCUAGUUACUGAGAAUAGGACCACCUGGGACCCUGACCAGCCACCCCGAAAUUUGGCCGAUGCCUUCCUAGCAGAGAUACAGAAGGCCAAGGGGAAUCCUGAGAGCAGCUUCAGUGAUGAGAACCUGUGCAUAGUGGUGAGUGAUCUCUUCACUGCAGGGAUGGUGACCACCUCAACCACACUAUCCUGGGCCCUGCUGCUCAUGAUCCUGCAUCCGGAUGUGCAGCGUAGAGUUCAACAGGAAACCGAUGAGGUCAUAGGGCAGGUGCGGUGUCCAGAGAUGGCAGACCAGGCCCGCAUGCCCUACACCAAUGCUGUCAUUCAUGAGGUGCAACGCUUUGGGGACAUUAUUCCAUUGACUAUACCACGCAUCACAAGUCAUGACAUUGAAGUGCAGGAUUUUCUGAUCCCCAAGGGCACAAUCCUCAUCCCCAACCUGUCCUCUGUGCUGAAGGAUGAGACUGUCUGGGAGAAGCCCCUCCGCUUCCAUCCUGAACACUUCCUGGAUGCCCAGGGCCACUUUGUGAAGCAUGAGGCCUUCAUGCCAUUCUCAGCAGGCCACAGAUCAGGCCUGGGUGAGCCCCUGGCCCGCAUGGAGCUCUUCCUCUUCUUCACCUGCCUCCUGCAGCGCUUUAGCUUCUCAGUGCCAGCUGGACAGCCACAGCCCAGCAACCAUAGAGUCCAUGCUAUUCCAGUUGCCCCCUCCCCCUACCAGGUCUGUGCUAUAAUGCGUGAGCAAGGACACUAA